AUUACCUGUCAAAAUAUCAAAAUAACACUCGGAAAUUGUUAUUUUAACUUGUGACUAGUGGACACAUAUUUCAUAUACAUUUUUUAAUGAAUUUUCUAUUUUUUGAUUAAUUUCUAAAAGUAUUGUACAUUUUGGUAUGAUUUCCACUAUCAAUAACGAGAGUCUUGUUAAUAUUCUCAAUUCUUACGACAACAAUUAAUUUUAUUCUCCAAAUUUAUGUGUAUAUUUGAAAGUUAGAAAACUUCGUCGGAAUGAACGGUGGAGGAAUAGAAACUGAAGAUCAACAGCGAAUACGUUUUCAAGUGGAAUUGGAAUUUGUUCAAUGUCUUGCGAAUCCCAAUUACUUGAAUUUUUUAGCACAACGGAAUCACUUCAAGGAUCCAAACUUCAUAAAUUAUUUGAAGUAUCUUUUAUAUUGGAAGGAGCCUGAAUACGCGAAAUAUUUAAAAUAUCCGAUGUGCUUAUAUUUUCUGGAUUUAUUGCAACACGAACAUUUUCGUCGUGAAGUCGUCAAUGCCCAGUGCACGAAAUUCAUUGACGAUCAACAAAUUCUUUUGUGGCAACAUUACACGCGACGUAGAACGAGACUGUUACAAACUGCAGUUGAGCAAACUCAAAAUGCUACACCACAAAAUAAUGGAAUUAUUCAAUCUAAGGUCUUGUAAAAAGCUGUGAUAGGAAAUAAAUUUUUUUUUCAUAUUUAAUUCAUACUAUUCAAUUUUAUUUGUGAGAAAUAUUAAAGUUUCGUAAUUGUUCACUUGGAAAAAUUUGAAAAAUCAUUUAUAUUACUUUCAAAUUAUGUAUAUACAAUAAAUUUUUUUAUGACUAUA